GCAAUAAAACAAUAACCAUCGUGGCAUGGUGUACAGCUAUAUAAUUCUCCGUGUAAUGCGUCAGUAACUGGUGACGUCUGCAAUCGACUAACUAGAUAGAAAUUGUAUAAUAUAUAGAAAGCAAAAACUGGGUCCUCCAAAACAAAUAAGAUAUAAAUCUAGACCAAGAUGGACACCGUGUGGGUGCGUGACACCGAGGAGGGCUUUGUCUUGGGUCAGAUGACGGAACUGAUGGAAGAUGGGGCAGAAGUCAUCCCGAUCGAUUCCAAAUUUUCAAAACGAGUAGCCCCUUUCGACGACAUAUUCCGGGCCGGCGAUCCAGACAAGGAUUUUGAUGAUAACUGUGAAAUGAUGUUCCUGAAUGAAGCCACUCUCCUGAAUAAUAUUCGCAAGCGAUAUUACAAAAACAAAAUCUAUUCUUACGUCGCAAACAUCCUCAUAGCAGUGAACCCGUACAAGGAGAUUCCCGAACUAUAUUCCAAAGAUACUGUAAAGAAAUAUCACGGGAAAUCUAUUGGACAGUUAGCUCCCCAUGUAUUCGCGAUCGCUGACAAAGCAGCAAGAGACAUUCGGGUUCUCAAACAGUCCCAGUCCAUUAUUGUCUCAGGAGAAUCUGGAGCUGGAAAAACCGAAUCCACAAAACACUUACUACGAUUCCUUUGCGAUAACCGUGGGUCAGGAUCGGCAGGGCCCAUCGAGCAGAAGAUCCUAGAAGCAAAUCCAGUAUUAGAAGCCUUCGGCAAUGCCAAAACUACAAGAAACAACAACAGCUCCAGGUUUGGAAAAUUCAUGGAGAUUCACUACGACAAAAAGUUUAAUGUAGUUGGCGGAUUUAUAUCACAUUAUUUACUGGAGAAGUCGAGGAUUUGCUCUGCUUCCGGCGACGAAAGGACAUACCACAUCUUCUACAUCCUCUUGGGGGGAGCUCCCGAAAGUUUAAGGCAACAGUUGGCGCUCACUCAACCAGACCACUACAACUAUUUGAAAAACGGUUGUACAAGAUAUUUCACCAAGCAGUCGUCCGAACAAAAGUUGUCACCUUCCCAAAAAAGUGCGGCGCAUUCCAAACAGGGUGGUCUUCGCGAUACCGUGGUGGACGAUGUGGAGAGUUUUGCCCAUUUGGACAAAGCUUUGAGCACAAUGGGGAUGGGAGAUAGUGAAAGGCUCGAAAUAUACAGUACUGUAGCUGCAGUACUUCACCUAGGAAACAUACAAUUCGAAGAGAUAUCCGAGGACACCAAGGGAGGCUGCAGGGUCACAACCGCUAGCGAAAAGUCACUCACAAUCGCUUCCAAACUUUUGGCAAUCGACCCCGACGAACUCAGGCAGGCGCUGGUAUCAAGGGUGAUGCAAAGCGCUAGGGGAGGUUACAAAGGAACUGUUAUCAUGGUACCUCUGAAAGUAUAUGAAGCUAACAAUGCAAGAGAUGCACUGGCCAAAGCAGUUUAUAGUAAAUUAUUCGAUUACAUUGUCCAAAGGAUAAACCAAAGUAUACCAUUCCAAGCUUCCAGUUAUUACAUAGGCGUUUUAGACAUAGCUGGAUUUGAAUUCUUCACCGUUAACAGUUUUGAACAAUUCUGCAUCAACUACUGUAACGAGAAGUUACAACAGUUCUUUAACGAAAGGAUUUUGAAGUACGAGCAAGAAUUGUACAAGAAAGAGGGACUGAAUGUACCAGAAAUAAAAUUCGUUGAUAACCAAGAUUGCAUAGACACGAUUGAAGCUCCCAAGAAGGGAAUAUUUAGUUUAUUGGACGAAGAAUCUAAAAUGCCCAAACCUUCGUAUCAACACUUUACUUCGGAAGUUCACUCCCAAUGGUCCGGUAACUUUAGACUUGGCCUACCGAGAUCGUCUAGACUACAAGCCCACAGAAAUAUUCGUGACGAUGAAGGAUUUGUUGUUAGACAUUUUGCAGGGGGUGUUUGCUACCAAACAGUCCACUUCAUUGAGAAAAAUAACGACGCUCUGCACGCUUCCUUAGAAGGCAUUGUUCAGGAGAGCAAAAAUAAACUGAUCCAGUCUCUUUUUGCCAACACGACAACUGCACAAAAAGGAAAACUAACAUUCAUAAGUGUUGGUAACAAAUUCAAAACUCAGUUGGCGGAACUCAUGGAGAAGUUAAGGAACAACGGAACGAAUUUCAUUCGCUGUAUAAAACCAAAUUCUAAAAUGAUAGACCAAAAGUUCGACGGCGCUUUGAGCUUGAUGCAAUUGAAAUGUUCUGGAAUGGUCCACGUUUUGGAACUCAUGGAACAUGGGUAUCCUAGUAGAGCUCCAUUUGCAGAACUCCAUUCGAUGUACUUGGAUUAUCUACCACCUGAGUUGAAGAGACUGCCACCCAAAGUAUUUUGCGAAGCAAUGCUUCACAGCCUGAAGCUCCACGAAAAGGAUUUCAAAUUUGGCAUAACCAGGGUAUUCUUCAGACCUGGGAAAUACUCGGAAUUCGAUACAAUUAUGAGAUCAGACUCCGAGAAUCUUAAAUCCGUUGUAAAUACUGUGAAAGCAUGGCUUGUGAAAGCCAGAUGGUUGAAAUCCCAAUUUACCGCAUUGACUGUGAUCAAACUUAAAAACAAGAUAAUAUAUCGUCGAAAGGCUCUAAUAACUAUUCAAAAGCAUGUGCGUGGCUUUUUGGUCAAGAGAAGGCAUCAACCAAGAAUAAAGGGCUUACGAAAAAUAAGAAGUUUGGACCAUAACGUGAAAGAAUUGGAAAAAAUUAAUCAACAGUUGAAGAAGAACAAAGAUCUCUUCACGAAUGAUAUCAACAAACUAAAGACAGAAGUCGUUUCAGCAAUUGACAAAAUUAGGAAAGACGAUAGAAUUGAGGCGAAGACAAUUGACAAUCUUUACAAUCAGCUGGUGAUCAAAGUAAAUAAACAAAUGAACGAGUUGCAAAAGAAGAUCCAAGACGAAAAGAUCGCCGAAGAACAGGAGAGACUGCGAAAGGUCCAGGAAGAAAUGGAAAAAGAGAGGAAACGUAAAGAGGAGGAAGAAAGGAAACUACGUGAAGAAGAAGAAAUAAGAAAGAAGAAAGCCGAGAUUGAGGCAAGAAGAAGACAAGAGGAGGAGCAACGAAAGAAACAGGAGGAAGAAGACCGUAAGAAAGCGCUCGAGCUUCAACUCCAAGAAGAAAAGUUGGCCAAAGAAGAACGUCAACAACGAGAAAGACUUGAACAAGAGAGACAGGAUCACGAACUUGCAGUAAGAUUGGCGCAAGAAAGUAACGGACAAGUCGAAGACAGCCCGACAAUGAUACGCAACGGAGGAAUGGACUCGACAAGAGCGUCCCAGAAAUUGAUAAGGUCCGAAGCUGUUAGAAGUCAGCAGGCAGCAAUGAGUAAAAGCAAGUACGAUCUUUCCAAAUGGAAAUACUCGGAGUUACGGGAUACAAUCAACACUUCUUGCGAUAUCGAGUUGUUGGAGGCUUGCAGACAUGAGUUCCAUCGGCGCCUUAAAGUCUACCAUGCAUGGAAAGCAAAGAACAAGAAACGUACAGUAAUGGAUGAAAACGAAAGGGCUCCGAGGUCUGUAAUGGAUGCAGCCCAGAAAACGCCAAAAGUACAACAAAAAGCGCCAGUAAUUGGGGGGACAGACCAGAGAUACUUCAGAAUUCCGUUUACAAGACCUGGAGCCACAGACCAGAAUAAAAGGGGAUGGUGGUACGCCCAUUUCGAUGGGCAAUACGUAGCAAGGCAAAUGGAACUCCACCCGGAAAAACCCCCGAUCCUUCUGGUAGCAGGAAAAGACGAUAUGCAAAUGUGCGAGCUAUCCCUGGAAGAAACGGGACUCACCCGUAAACGUGGUGCUGAAAUUCUGGAACACGAAUUCAACAAGGAAUGGGAACGUAAUGGGGGAAAGCCCUACGUCAGACCACUAGAUCGUAAACGUUGAUACGCGAAAUAAUUACAUUACUGAUCAAUCAAUUAAAUAAAAUAAGGUAAUUUAACGUGGGAGAAUGUAAUGUAAAGAUACAAAUAAUAUAUUUUGUUAUUUAUUGAAAGAGAAGUUGUAAUAGAUGAGUUAUUAUUAUUAU